AUGGCGCAAACAGAAGAUACAGAACUAAGAGAUUUAGUGAUUGACGCCUUAGAGAAAAAUGGAUCACUGGCAAAGAUACGCGCAUUAUUGCGUGCCAAUAUAUUUUUGGCUUUUGAAGACGAUUGUGAGAAUAUAAAGCAAAACGAAGCCCUAGACAAUAUUUUAAAAAUCCCAGAGGGAAUACUGUCCUUGUCUAUUAUUCAUGAAUUCUUAGAAUUUUGCAAUUUGAAAAACACAUUGUUUGUUUACAUGUCAGAAUCGCGACAAGGAAAAGAGUAUAAGGUUAAAAGCCAGCGGUCUAUGAUUGAUACAUUACGACUAAAUCAAGUAAGUACAGAUAAAGAACCCGUAUUACUUACUUUAUUAAAGCAUUUCAUAAGAUCACACAAAUGUGAAAGUUCUCAUGAGAGCUGUGAUCAAGCAGAUCACUCCACGUAUACGGUAGAUCAAGAUAACGACACAAGUUCCUCUACGAGUCGGUCCCACUCAGAUAAUUCAUCAGAUGAAAAGAAUAGAAUAGACUUAAGAUUGCCUUUAGAUAAUUCAGACACUGAUACCUCCAGUAACUCAACAAGAAACAAAAAUAGCUCAGAAUAUGUUCCUAAUAAAAAUAUAGUUGUAAGCGACAAGGUUGUGACUCAGGAAUUGGUUAAUUGCCAGGAUAUAUCCAAUGUAGAAAAGAGUAAAUCAUUGAACUGUAAACAAUUAGAAAACUCUAAAACAAGUUACAGCAGCACUGACUCUACAUCCUAUGCAGAACUAAAGCCCUUUAAUUUAUUGGAGGAGAAACUAUUGAAUACAGCAGGUCUUCCAUAUGAAGAAGGUAAUGUGAAGAAAGUCCUUAGCCCAAAAAGUGAAACUGAAGUUGCUAAAGGAGAUUUCUUGCAUACACUAAGCAGUGCAUCAUCAGAAUCAGUAAAAAGGGAAGUAAACGCUUAUAAGGAUGUUAAUACUUUAAAGCAUUCACCUGAGCAGUCUUGUAAGUAUGAUCACACCCCUGACUAUAGUUAUGACUUUUCAUCACCGCCAGUUUCAGAAAAAACUUCAACAAAUGUGCAACAAAAUACAGAAACUGCCCAGCGAAGUAAUUCUUAUAGCAACAAUCAAAAUUCACCAAGAUCUGCAAGUUCCAUAUCUAUAUCGGAAGUUGCAGAUUUAAUAAGUGAGAAAAGUUAUUCAAGUCCUAGAAAUAAAAAUAUGUAUAAUAUGUCUAAGUCAAAGUCACAUUCACUGGGGAAAAACUGUCCUGACAAUAUAAGUAAAUCCAGCAAUGAUACAGGUGACUUUUCUCAAUCCCCAAUUCCGUCACUAUCUAAUUUAAGCUUAGACUACCAUAGUGAUUAG